UUUGUUCUUCAAAUCUAUCCAAAAUGUGGAAUUCCGGGAAUCCUGGCGUAAAAAUCGACGUCCUUGUAGACUUUAACGGAUAUUUGAACAGUGAUGAAGAUUUCGUCUUGAGAGAGUGCUUCAUUACAAGCUUGCAAUCAAACGGUCCAGAGAAACUUUUCAUUUUCAAAGAUAAAAAAGAUUUAGCCAACAUGAGUUACAUUCAACGCCAGAGAAUUAAGGAGUAUGUUAAAAAGUACGGGAUUGAGUUAAAGGCCGGUUGGUACCAAGUGAAAAAACAGAAAGCGCUACUGAAAAAACAUGCCAAGUUUUUUAAGAUUAUUUGGGUUCGCGAUGAAAAUAAAAGAGAUGUAUUUCAAUUGAUUGUGGGUAAGAAAGUCGAAAUUAAAUGCUUAAGUGAGUUGGGGUAUGAUCAAGAGACCAGGGUGGAGGACGAGAGGUGUGGGUACCAUGGAAAAUCAGAGGACACUGAGUGUGCUAGAGAAGAGGCGGUCAAGAUGAUAAUUUGGUUGAUUCCAAAGCUGGAGAGUAUUAAAUUGAAAGUUGAUGAUGUUCUGGAAAAUCUUGAUAAGUGGAAUCAAAGUCUUACGGAUUUGCCGUACAUGUAACUCUUAGAAAGAAGACUAUUUGAUGAAUGUUAUUGAAAACGUUUCGUAAGUUCAAUUGUGCAUAUCUCAAGCGCUCUUGU